UAGUUUGGUGCUUUUGCAGUGAUUCAGCGUUUCGAAAGACGGUGAAAUGGCGGACGAGAAUGAAAAUUCGUGCGACAAGUUCGACGACGUGAAGCCGGACAAAAUGUUUACGCUGAAAAAGUGGAAUGCUGUCGCGAUGUGGUCGUGGGAUGUGGAGUGUGAUACUUGCGCAAUUUGCCGCGUCCAGGUUAUGGAUGCGUGUCUGCGGUGUCAGGCGGAAAGCAAAAAGGACACCCUUGGGCGACAGGACUGCGUGGUCGUCUGGGGCGAGUGUAACCACUCGUUCCAUCAUUGUUGCAUGUCCCUGUGGAUCAAGCAGAACAACCGGUGUCCCCUGUGCCAGCAGGAAUGGUCCAUCCAGCGUAUGGGCAAAUGAAACGGUCUACAUCGCGUCCACAUCCAUCGACAGCACCUCUCCUGGGAGUUUUAGCGAGGACAGAUCUGGUUGAUCGAACAGACCUCGUUCUAAUAAAAGC